AUGUCCUCUCCCCAAGUGACUCUCUAUGGAAGGUACUACUCAGACUGCUCAGCCCGUCUACGCCUCGCUAUCCAGCUCAAGGACAUCAACUAUAAGUACGUGGCAGUGAACGACCAAAGCGCAGCGAGCUAUACUGCCAUAAACCCUUCAGGCUCGAUACCCACAUUAGUUAUACAAGAGCCACAAUCUGAAGAGGGAGCCAAAAACAAACCUAAAAUAAUUAUACGGCAGUCCCUCGCCGCAUUAGAGUAUCUAGAAGAAAGAUACCCACCAUCAGCAAGACAAAGAGGUCUCCUACCGCUCGACACACAAGACCGAGCAACAGUCCGCUGUUUGAUGAACAUCAUCGCGUCAGAUAUCCACCCGCUAACAACAGCUCGAGUGCGCCGACGGAUCUACGAGCAAUUCCCCAGUCCCGCCGCCGAAGCCGCGGCCGCCACGAGUAAUCGCAAAUGGGACAGAUUCUGGAUCGGGAGAGGGUUUGCUAGUUACGAGAGUGUUGUUCAAGAGAAAUGUGGGAUGUAUAGCGUUGGCGAUAGUAUCACGCUCGCGGAUGUGUGUCUCUUACCUGCCGUAUGGACUGCGGAAAAAUAUGGGAUGUCUCUCGAUGAGUUUCCGACCAUAAAGCGGAUUGUUGACGCUUUGCAUUGUGUUGAGGCUGUUCAGAGAGCUCACUGGAGAUGCCAGCCUGAUACACCAGAAGAAGACAGGAUCGCACGGCCAACUCCGUAG